AUGUCGCUUCAUAUGGUUCCUUCAGCUUGUUUGCCACGUUUAAAACGUGAAAUAGUUGAAUUAAAUAAUGAACCACUUAAAGGGAUUAAAGUUAAAAUACACGAUGAUGAUAUUACCUCAAUGUGUUUAAUAUUGACAUCGUAUCAAGGUCCAUUUAGUAACCUAAGAUUACAUUGCAAGGUCAAAGUACCCGCGGAAUACCCUCAAAAAGCACCAAAAAUAACAAUACAAACGCCAGUAAUACAUCCCAACGUAUUCAGUAAUGGAAUGAUUUGUGCCGACAUAUUACAGACUUAUACGGUUAUGCGUGACUCUAGAAAUUACAAUGGAGGUUACACCCCCGGUUAUUUGCUUAAAUAUGUUUUUUUACAAUUAUUGAGUUUUUUCUCGGAUAAUAAUGUUGAACAGGAAGAUGGAUAUGUUGAAAAAAUCCAAUGUCAAGAUAUCGGUUUUAGAGAGCAUUCUGAACAAAUCGUAAAAGCUUAUCAAUGUAAAUUAUGUGGAUUUAAUGAUCGGGAAGCUGUUAAACCAUUAAUUGCCGUCCUUACUAACAAAGAAUUGCAAGAAGAAAUUGAUGUAAUGGAUGCUGGCGGUUCUAGUAUAUUGAAUGCCUCCCAUAACGUCGCAAGGCCUCGAAUUGUUUCAAAAAAUGCUUCCGAAAAUGCUUCAACAUGUACAGUAAAUGAUUUAAAUGAUGAUGUUUGGUUUCAUAUCAUAGGAUUUUUACCGGAUCGUGAUAUUAUGAUCUUGUCGAGUGUUUAUCCACGUGUUCGUCGUCUAGUUCAAUUUUAUAACAUAUUAACACGACGACAAUUAGUUUGUUAUUACCUAAGGAAACCAUUUACAGAAUGUAUUCUUGGAGUUGGAGUAAGGGUUGGUAGGGGUCCAAUAAAUAGAAGAGAACUUGGUUUAAGUGAAUUUGAUCUUUUUUCUUAUGAAGCGUUUAAAGAUCAUAACUUACGACAAGGUAUCUGGGGUGAUCACUUUACCAAUUUCCUUCCUGUGGCAUUAAACAAGUAUCAUUUCAAACGCUCUUUACCUAUCAUACAAUCAACUUUAAUGGAAUUAAGAGAAGAAAGAGGGAAACCGUGGAAUCCUUCGGUAAUUCUAAAGACAAUUCCUGGCCUUAUGAAUACAAUGGUGGUUGCUUUAAUGAAUGCUUGUGAUGAACGAUCAGCAAGAUCAAAAGUCUUAAAAGCAUCUGAGAAAGCAUUACAAGGAUAUUGUCUUUUAUUACACUUGUUAUUAAAGCUAUCGAAAAUAUUUCCUCAAAUCAUCACGGAAGCUGAAAAGAAGAUCAAUGCAUUUAUGCAUCCGGAUCGAAAAAAUCGGCAUAAAACUUCAACACCCAAUUUAGGUGAAUUCAUGAUUUAUUUGUUCUUGGCGAAAAAUAUUUCCUGGUCUAGAUUUGUCGCCUGUUUCUUGGAAGAAUUAUUGUCACGUAAUGUAGUAUGGUACUUAAAUAGUGCUCCAGAAUUAUCAUUCUUGGAAAAAAGUAAUUAUGUUUCCAAAUAUAGAUUAGAAAAAACGUUUAAUUUAAGUGGAAUUUCAUUACGACUUGUGAUGUUUCAAGUUGCAUUUUUGAAAAUGAUGAGAGGAAAGGAAGUAGAAAUGGAUAGAAAAUACGGGUAUCCUUCGGAUGAGAUGAGUGUCUCACUUCUUUCUCUUAUCAAAGAAAUUUACGCCGCAAAGACUUGGAAUAUUUUCUUCAAUAUGAUUAACUUUCCUUUACCAAAAACCAAUUGGGAAUCAAAAGUUAGUGUUAUGUUAAUUAAUGCUGUAAAAGAUAGUGAAAAAAGUGGAUAUCAUCAAAAUCCUUAUACAAUUGAUGAAUUAUUACAUUUGAGAAAAAAAAAGGAAAGCACAGUUCCCACUCCAGAUAAUCACAUUAGUAAUGAUGAGAUAGAAAAAUAUGGAGUCACGUAG